AUGUCUGUUAACAUUCUAGGAGAUCAAGUCUCAGAGGAAAGAGCCGAAAAUGCUCGUUUGUCGGCGUUUGUGGGAGCUAUAGCCGUCGGCGACUUGGUCAAAACCACUUUGGGCCCAAAAGGUAUGGACAAACUGUUGACAUCUGCCAGUUCUGGACAGUCAAUCGUUACCAACGAUGGUGCCACUAUUUUGAAAUCCAUUCCUCUUGAUAACCCAGCUGCCAAGGUUUUGGUAAACUUGUCGAAAGUUCAAGAUGAUGAGGUUGGUGAUGGAACCACCAGUGUCACAGUUCUAGCUUCGGAACUGCUAAGAGAGGCUGAAAAGUUAGUAGACAGGAAGAUUCAUCCUCAAACUAUUAUUGAAGGUUUUCGCAUAGCAUCUAAGGCCGCUCUUGAAGCUUUGGAUAAAGUCGCCGUAGACAAUUCACAUGAUGAUGCUGCUUUUAGAAAAGAUUUGAUCAAUAUUGCAAAGACCACGCUUUCGUCGAAGAUUCUGGCUCAAGAUAGAGAUAAAUUUGCUGAAAUAGCCGUUAGUGCCAUUCUAAGACUGCGCGGAUCAACAAGUUUGGAAAGAAUUCAAUUGAUCAAGAUUAUUGGCGGACAGCUUUCUGAUUCAUACUUGGACGAUGGUUUCAUUUUAAAUAAGAAGUUUGGACUUGAUCAGCCAAAGAAGAUAAAGGAUGCCAGCAUCUUAAUUGCUAACACAUCCAUGGACACUGAUAAGGUUAAAAUCUUUGGAGCCAAAUUCAAGGUAGAUUCUACCAGCAAGUUGGCUCAGUUGGAAAAAGCUGAAAAAGACAAGAUGAAGGCUAAAGUGGAAAAAAUCAAGAACUUCAACAUUAACUGUUUUGUGAACAGACAAUUGAUAUAUGACUGGCCUGAACAAUUGUUGGCUGAUAGUAACAUCAAUACCAUCGAACAUGCUGAUUUUGAUGGUGUGGAAAGAUUGGCAUUAGUUACCGGUGGUGAGGUGGUGUCAACAUUUGACUAUCCAGGGAAGGUCAAAUUGGGAAAAUGUGAUUUGAUUGAAGAAGUCAUCAUUGGAGAAGAGGUCAUGACGCGGUUUUCAGGUGUGUCCGAAGGAGCUGCCUGUACUAUCAUUCUUCGUGGAGCCACCGAACAGGUUCUUGACGAGGCUGAAAGAUCACUGCACGAUGCUUUAUCGGUAUUAUCACAGACGACAAAAGAGACUCGUACUGUUUUAGGUGGCGGAUGUUCCGAGAUGAUAAUGUCAAAUGCUGUUGACACUCAAGCCCAAAAUCAAGAGGGAAAAAAACAAUUGGCUGUUGAGGCUUUUGCAAGAGCUCUGAGACAAUUACCUACAAUCUUAGCCGACAAUGCUGGUUAUGAUUCAAGUGAGUUGGUAGCAAGACUACGAUCGGCAAUUUAUAGCGGAUUGACUACAUCAGGUCUGAAUCUAUCUAACGGGACAGUUGGAGACAUGCGUCAGUUAGGAGUUAUGGAAUCAUACAAAUUGAAGAGAGCUGUGGUAAACUCUGCUAGUGAGGCUGCUGAGGUGUUGCUGAGAGUGGACAAUAUCAUCAGAGCCAAGCCACGCACUGCCGACCGUAAUCGUUGA